AUGCUUGCUUUAGUGAGACAUUGCAAGCUCCCGAGCCGAGCUGCGAGACUCACAAUGACGUCAGGACAGUUUCCAAGACGCGAUUUUGGUACUUCGAGCGUUCUGGCCCGUCAUCCGUCCCACACGGUACGAUCUUUGCAGUCCCUACUGCAAGGCGUUGGGUUCGAAGAGCUGUACCGAAUACGGUCCAACAUCGAGCUGCUGAUCCAGGACUUUGCCAAACGCCCGAUUCCGCCGGUUUCGUACGAGUUUUUGACCCAGUAUAGGGUACCGCUGACUCCGAACGAGAAAUACACGCUGGCCAUCAAAACUGUAAACUUGCUUCUCACCUACACCUGCCGGCGAUUAGCAGCGAUCCAACGGCUUCCAUACAUCGCGGUGCUUAAUCCGAACAUCGAGGAUACUAACCGGCUAUAUCUGCGGACGCUGGAAAGUUUGCUCUCGAUCAACUACCCUUACGGACUGCACGACCAGCAGGUUUUGACGCAGAAACUUACGGAGUUUUUGGACGAUCACCAAGAUACACUAGUGACACUUUCUCGCGGGUUUCAGGAAAUCAUGGAGUUCUAUCCGAAAGAAUCAGUUUUUGAGUUUUUGAACCUGCAUCUGCGGGACCGCAUCGCGAUGAAGCUCUUGGCAACACAUUACUUGACGUUGGUGUCACAAGUAUCGAAUAAGACGCCUGUGAUCGGCGUUUUGCACAAGGAAAUGCGCAUUUCGGAGCUUGUGCGGCGCGUGGAAGAGUUUGUGGGAGAUCUCUGUCAUGUUAAAUAUGACCAUCAAUUGCCCAUCAAGAUUCUGGAGGGCGAGGACGUGAGGUUCCCCUGUGUACCGACUGACCUAGAGUAUGUACUCACAGAGUUGCUGAAAAACUCUAGUCGGGCGCACAUCGAGAAUUCAACUCCCGAGAAUAAGUGCGCAGAGAAAGCUGUGGAGGUCACCAUUGUUCGUAACGACAAUAAUCUAGAGAUACGGAUUCGUGAUUUUGGUGGAGGCAUUCCGCCAGACGUCGAAGACCGAAUGUUCGAUUAUUCCUACAGCACGGUCAGUACAGAUGCCAAGGAUACGGGCAUGAGCGCGUACAUUUUGCCAGGCGCAGAAGUUUGCAAUGUAUCUGGUAUGGGGUUCGGUUUGCCCAUGUGCAAGGCCUACAUGGAGAUGUUUAAUGGAUCACUUGACAUCCAAAGUCUGUGGGGGUGGGGAACUGACGUUUAUGUGAGGCUGAAAGGACCGGAUUCACGGUCUUUAAAGUAA